AGGAAUAAGUGGUGCUUCCUGAGAACGGGCAGCAGAGGGUCGAGCGUUUUAGGGCUCUGUCCCCAAGUUGUGGAUUACAAAUUAUGGAUGCUUUGAAGUCGGCUGGACGAGCUAUAAUUCGGAGUCCGAGUCUCGCGAAACAGUCAUGGACAGCGAGCAAACAUAAAAAGCUUCCAGAGAACUGGACGGACACACGGGAGACUCUGCUGGAAGGCAUGGUGUUUCAGCUGAAGUAUUUGGGCGUGACGCUGGUGGAGCAGCCGAAAGGAGAGGAGCUGUCAGCUGCAGCCGUCAAGAGGAUUGUCGCCACGGCCAAAGCCAGUGGAAAGAAACUCCAGAAAGUGACAUUAAAAGUCUCCCCCCGUGGUAUCAUUCUCUAUGACAGUGCCUCUAAUCAACUAAUAGAAAAUGUUUCCAUAUACAGGAUAUCCUACUGCACAGCAGAUAAGAUGCAUGAUAAAGUGUUUGCCUACAUCGCCCAGAACCAACACAAUGAGACACUCGAGUGCCAUGCCUACCUCUGCACCAAGAGGAAAGUGGCCCAGGCAGUGACUCUUACAGUGGCUCAGGCCUUCAGAGUGGCAUUUGAGUUCUGGCAGGCUGCCAAAGAAGAGAAGGAGAAGCGAGUGCAGUCGAGCUCAGACGGUGAGGGAGCCAGUAGCUCUCAGUCCGAGAGCUUGGCCAGUCUGAAAGGAGGAGAAGUGGCCACUGGAAAUCUGUUGGAUCUGGAGGAUGGGGCUGUAAAUGCGAUGGUACACUCAGGUCAAGAGAACACACACCCAGCACAGAGUCACGGCUCUGAGAACAACAACACUGUAUGGGAGCUUGAAGAUGGUCUGGACGAAGCUUUUUCAAGACUCGCUAAGUCUCGCACUAACCCCCAGGUCCUGGACAUUGGGGUAAACCCUCAGGACUUCAAUGCUGAAGAGUGCUUGUCACCCGGCAACUGGGACAAAGCUGAUGCCGACACAGCUGACAGACAGGACGCGUUCAGCUUCUGAGACUGUGGAUGGUGCUGAGGGGAAAUGGAGUGAUUUUUUUUUAGGUGGGGUGGGGAGGUGUUGGAGAAGGGAUGAAGGAAGACUGUGAACGACUCACCAUCGUAGUCCUCUCACUAAUGCCAUCUGGAGCCAUCACGUUAAGCCGACAGGCAGUUUUACCUGGCUGACCUGUGAUGGUUAUGGUUACUUCUCAGUCCCAGACCAAAGCAAUACAAAGUAACUGCUCGUUUCUUAUGUUUUUUUUUCCACAUUAGUUCUCUAUUAAAUUUGAUUUUAAUCCUCAUGUUACCUGUUUUUAUGUUGUCAAGCAGUUUCCCCUUUUAUAAUGUCCCUAAACAUUUUGUGUAUGCUUAUAUGUAUGUAUGUACAUAGACAAGAUAUUAAUUGUAUUAUAAUUUAUGAGAGACUCUGUAUAUGGUUGUGGAGGAUUUGGGAGAUGCAGAUUGUCUGUGUGGUUCUUUCUAUGCAGUGAUAUACUCUCCUGGAGAGGUCAACACAACCCUGGGCACUGUCGAUGGAGGAACUUUGUCAAAUGUCAGGGCGUUGAGAUUUUUAAUAUAGUUAAGUGGUGCGUAUUUAGGGAGAGGUUUGCUUUUACCAUGACUUUUCUGAAUUGGGCAUGGGUUUUUUGUCCAUAGACUCAAGUCAGCCUCACAUAUUUUGUCAAAAGAGAAACAGAUCUUGAGGUUAGUAAGCAAUGUGUAUGAAGUGACAGGGGUUCAGAUUACUUCCAGAUUUGCAGCUGAUCAGCUCUAAUUGGUCGAACCAAAGAAGGUCCCCAACCUCUGGUCGCACCAUUUCUCACAGAUAUUUACAGCCAUGCAGUGGCAUUACGCAGUGGCCGAAACAGCACGGCCUAAGUUUAUAUCAAAGACAAUCUUAUUUUUUCUAUUACAAAAAACAAAGAUAUUUUUGCACUUCCCUUCAUCUGUUUCCAAAGCACAUUUUCAUUUCAGGGAAAUAAUUCUCAUAACCAGUUGCAUUUGAUUAUUUCUAUAACGCU